AUGGAUAACUUUACCAUACCCAGUGUUUGCUGGUUUGAGCCAACCGCACUAUUCAGUCAUUACAGCACACAGUCAAUGGGUUUGACAAUCUGCUGCCAAUGGUUUUCUACUUUUAAGCAGUUCUUCUGGUUCCCUGGUUGGUAUUCUAUAGUUAAAGCAUUCUGCAUUGCUUUUGGCAUGACAUUCUUCAGUGUGUUCGAUGUGCCAGUGUUUUGGCCUAUCCUUCUUUUCUAUUGGGUGGUGUUGUUUACUGUCACAAUGAAGCGUCAGAUCCUUCAUAUGGUGAAGUACAGAUAUGUUCCAUUCACCUUUGGGAAACAGCGUUAUAAUGGGAAAAGGGCAGCUUCUGCAGAUGAUCUCACACUUCCCAAGGAUUAA